AUGGCCGCCCGCGAACCCAAGGCCAUCGAGAACCCCAAGACGUGCCUGGUGCUGCGCGGCGGCAACUGCUCGCAGAUUGUUCAGGACGCGCUCAACGACUUGUACUCGAUGCACCAGCCGCACGCCAAGAAGUUCUCCAAGAAGAACCACAUUCACCCGUUCGAGGACGCCACCUCGCUCGAGUUCUUCUCCGAGAAGAACGACGCCAGCAUGCUGCUCUUCGGCAGCAGCCAGAAGAAGCGCCCGCAUGCCAUCACCCUCGUCCGCACCUUCGGCUACAAGCUGCUCGACAUGCUCGAGCUGCACCUCGACCCCGAGACCUUCCGCGCCAUGUCGCAGUUCAAGAACAAGAAGUUCUCCAUCGGCCUGCGGCCCAUGCUGCUCUUCGCCGGCACCGCUUUCGAGAGCCCCGUCGCCAACGAGUACACGCUCGCCAAGAGCUUCCUGACCGACUUCUUCAAGGGCGAGCCCGCCGACAAGAUUGACGUCGAGGGCCUGCAGUACAUUGUCAGCUUCGCCGUCGAGGAGUCGUCCUCCAACGGCGAGGUCGAGGCGGCCAAGCCCCAGAUCCACAUGCGCGUCUACCUCAUCCGCACCCGCCGCAGCGGCCAGCGGCUGCCCCGCGUCGAGGUCGACGAGAUCGGCCCGCGCAUGGACUUUCGCGUCGGCCGCAUGCGCGUGCCCGACGAGGCCAUGCUCAAGGAGGCCAUGAAGACGCCGCGCGGCCUCGAGGAGCGCGCCAAGAAGAACAUCUCCACCGACACCAUCGGCGACAAGCUCGGCCGCAUCCACAUCGGCAAGCAGGACCUCGGCACCAUGCAGACGAGGAAGAUGAAGGGUCUCAAGCGCAGCAGGCUCGACGACGAGGAGGUGGGCGUCGAAGAUGUGGCGGAGGAGGAGGCCGCCAAGCGCUCCAAGCAAUAA